AUGGCCGAGCUUACUUACCGACCCGGGAAGCAACAGCCCACAGUCGUCCCGUCCAAGCCUCGCCAUCAUAAGCCACGCACGACUGCACCGUAUGAACAGGAAGGCAUGGCCUUACGAUUGCGCAACAUGACUCGUGCCGCACGCACGAUCGCACCGUUCGACCAUGAAGGCAUCGUCCCACGUCCGGCCGAAAACUUCGACCAAUAUCAUCCGUCAGGCCGAACCCGACGAAUGAGCACAGAAUCCCUCGGCCAUGAUCGACCCGAUUGUGCCGAUAGACGACCAUGA